CCAAAGAGAAGAAGAAGAAGAAGAAGGAAGAGUCUUUCUCUUCGGGAUGAAUCCAGGGUUUCUCGUUCUCUACCCCAAACCCUAGAUAGAUUUUCUUCGAUCGUCUUGAUUUGUUAUCUCUGCGAUUUAAAAUGGAGGGAGUUGGAGAUACGACGACAACGACGUCGUGUGAGAGUGAAGGGAAUCUGAUAUCGGCAGCAGCGUUUGUGGAAGGAGGAAUACAAGAGGCGUGUGAUGAUGCUUGUAGCAUUUGUCUUGAACCCUUCUGUGAUAGCGAUCCUUCUACUUUGACUAGUUGCAAGCAUGAGUUUCAUCUUCAAUGCAUCCUUGAGUGGUGUCAAAGGAGCUCACAGUGCCCAAUGUGUUGGCAAUCUGUUAGUCUCAAAGAUCCCAUUGGUCAAGAGUUGCUUGAGGCUGUUGUACAGGAGAGGAAUUUCCGCGUCAAUCCAACUAGAAACGCCACCAUAUUUCGUCAUCCUACUCUCGGUGAUUUUGAAUUACAGCAUCUCCCAGCGGGGGUGGAUAAUGCAGAGAUUGAAGAACGCAUCAUUCAGCACUUGGCUGCUGCUGCUGCUAUGGGCCGUGCAAGACAUGGGACUAGAAGGGAAGGCCACAGAAGCAGGUCAUCAACUCAAGCUGGUCAUCCACAGUUCAUGAUGUUCUCUCCCCAUCCUACUGCUCCUCCUCCUCCUUCUCCUCCUCCCAUGCUUUCCUCUCCAUCUCAGAGAGAUGAGAGCGACACAGUCACAAACCUUCCCCACAAUACUACUAUAGGGGAGGGUUCUCUUCAGUCAAACAUGCAUUCACCAGCUUCUUCUCAUCCCCACCAGGGUUCUCCUUCGGCAUUUGAUUCAAACAGCAGCAUACACAGGUCUCCUAAUCAAUCUUCCCCAAGUGAUCAAGAUAGAGCUGGACCAUCCGAACUCCAAUCAUUUUCAGAAUCUUUCAAGUCUCGGCUUAACUCUGUCUCGACGAGAUAUAAAGAAUCGAUAACAAAGAACACAAGGAACUGGAAAGAUAGAUUUUUUUCUCGCAAUACGUCCAUGGCAGAGCUCGGCUCUGAGGUUAAAAGAGAGGUCACUGCUGGAAUCGCCACAGUUUCCCGCAUGAUGGAACGUCUAGAAACAAGAGAAAACAGUAGUAGUAGACCUGGCACUGCAUCUGUAUCAUCAUCAUCAAAUGGCUCAGAGAAUCAGACUCCUGCUGAAUCAAACAAUGAGCGUCAUAGUUCAGAAGCGGGUGAUGAACAUUCUUCGAAUGAAAGAGGUGUUAAAGGAACAUGUGCGGCUGGUUCUAGUUCUAGCUAA